AUGACCACCCUUCGCGGUCUCCAGCAACCCGAGCUGAGCAAGAAACUGUACAAGAUCAUCAAAGCUGAGAACAAUGUUAUCGGUGCCUACGAAUCCGCCGGUCGCGAACGCAUUUCCGUUGCUUCCCAGCUAUCAGACUGGGGCGAGGCCACUGGUGACGAGAACCUUUCUGACGUCUCGGAUAAGCUAGGUGUGCUGUUGUCGGAGAUCGGAGAGCAAGAGGAUAUUUUUGCGCAAAAUCUGGAGGAUUACCGUGGCGUGCUCAAGCAGAUCCGCAAUACCGAGAGUGCAGUGCAGCCUGUCAGAGACCAGCGAACCAAAAUCGCGGAUGAGAUACAGAAGUUAAAAUACAAGGAUCCUACAAACACAAAAAUCGUCACUCUUGAGCAGGAGCUCGUCAGAGCCGAGGCUCAGAGUUUAGUUGCAGACGCACAGCUGUCCAAUGUGACACGGCAAAAAAUGAAAGAGGCAUUUGAUCUUAAUCUCGCUGCUACUAUUGAACGAGCUGAGAAGCAAAUAAUUCUUGCCCAACACGCGCGCCGACUGCUGAACUUGAUUGACGACACGCCGAUGGUUCCCGGAGAUACAAGGAAGGCCUAUGAGCAUUCAACCACGUCCCGAGAGAUCUUGAACGAGGCUGAGAGCGACCUACGAGCCUGGGAGCCCUCUGUGGUGCCAGUUGAAUCGAACGCAGCUGAUAUGGGAAGCAAUUUGAUGCCAAAACCAGAGGCCACUGCUUCUGAUGCAGAUGCCGCAGUUGCGUCGGGAGCUGCUCAGGCCCAUUCAUCUCAGGAGGCUAUAUCUAAUGAUGCUGAUGAAGCGUCUACCAUUGCAACAUCAUGA